GGUCCGUGGUGCGGGGAUCGGCGCAGCUUCCUGGUGGCGUGCGGGGAGCCCGGCACCUGCUCGGCGCGGCCGGCGGGAGAGAGGAGCCCCAGGCCGGGAGCAGCGGGGCGGCGCUGCCCCAUGGUGCGGCAGGUUAUUCAGCAAUAGUUAUGAACUCCCGGUUACGAGCAUUAGGUGGGAGGAUAAAUAAUAUACGAGCAUCAGAACUACCAAAAGAGAGAACCCGAUCAGAGAUCAUCUGUAAUGUCCACUUUUUGGAUGGCUCAGUACAAAGCUUCAAAGUCAAUAAACAAGACACUGGUCAGGUUUUGUUGGAUAUGGCCUAUAACCACUUGGGUGUGACAGAGAAGGAAUAUUUUGGUUUACAACAAAGUGAAGAGUCAGUAGAUUCCCCUCGAUGGCUCGAAUCAAGCAAACCUGUUAGAAAACAGCUUAAAGGAGGUUUUCCCUGCACCAUCCAUUUUCGAGUAAGAUUUUUUAUACCUGAUCCCAACACACUGCAGCAGGAACAAACCAGGCAUUUAUUCUUCUUACAACUGAAGACAGAUAUUUUGGAAGGAAGGUUGUUAUGCCCUCUUAAUUCUGCUGUUGUCCUCGCAUCUUAUGCCGUACAGUCUCAGUUUGGAGACCAUAACUCUUCAGUACAUCGUUCAGGAUAUCUCUCAAAUUAUCGUUUCAUACCAGAUCAGAACGAAGAUUUUUUAACCAAAGUAGAGUCACUACAUGAACAGCACAGUGGUCUCAAGCAAUCUGAAGCAGCGUCCUGUUAUAUAAACAUAGCACGAACCCUUGAAUUCUAUGGAGUAGAAUUACACAGUGGUAGAGAUCUACAUAAUCUAGAUUUGAUGAUUGGAAUUGCUUCCGGAGGUAUUGCUGUGUACAGAAAAUUUAUUUGCACAAGUUUCUAUCCCUGGAUGAACAUAUUAAAAAUUUCCUUUAAAAGGAAAAAAUUUUUUAUACAGCAACGGCAAAAACAUAAUGAAUCCAGAGAACAUAUAGUUGCCUUCAACAUGCUAAAUUACAGAGCAUGCAAAAAUCUAUGGAAAUCUUGUGUAGAGCAUCACACGUUUUUUCAGACAAAGUCGUCACUACCUCAUGAAAGAAAGAUAUUGUCCCAUUAUUGGACCUUUGGUUCUAGAAACCCAACAAAGUCUGUAAACAGCCACUACUGCAGAAAAGUCAUAGGUGGGAUGGUAUGGAACCCAACUAUGAGGAGAUCUUUAUCGGUUGAACAUCUAGAGACCAAAAGCCUGCCUUCUCGGUCUCCUCCUGUUACCCCUACUUGGAGGAGUCCUAGACUACGUCAUGAGAUUCGUAAACCACGACACUCAUCUGUAGACAACCUUACAAAUGAGAUUGCCUAUAUUACAGAAACAGAGGAUGUUUUUUACACGUAUAAGGGUUCUCCAACAUCAAAGGACAGUGAUUCAGAGUUCUCCCAGAACCGCAGUCCACGGAGGAGGUCAUCUGAACAAGAAUCACCAAAGAAUGUAUUGGAAAAUAGUCCAACACAGAACUGUCUGACUCAUACCUCACCGAUUGCCUUGUCCCAGUCUCCCAAUGGAGUUGGUAACUUUUCAGGCUCUUAUCCAUUGGAUGGGGUGGACAAACAGUUUUUAGAAACAUAUGACAACGUCACAAAAGGGAGCUUAACAGAAGAUUCCAGUCAGUACUACUGUGAUAAGAAUGAAGUAAUUGAUGGAGAUUUGCUUUUGGUGCGAAUCACUCCAGAUGAAGAUGGGAAAUUUGGAUUUAAUCUGAAGGGUGGUGUUGAUCAAAAAAUGCCUCUGGUGGUGUCAAGAAUAACUCCAGGAUCAUCUGCUGAUACAUGUAUUCCAAAACUGAAUGAAGGUGAUCAGAUAGUGUUAAUCAAUGGUCGAGACAUCUCAGAGCAUACUCAUGACCAAGUGGUAAUGUUUAUAAAAGCCAGCAGAGAAUUGCACACAAGAGAGCUUGCACUUCUGGUCAGGCGGAAAGUUGCCCAACCCUUGGUUGAGACCAAGUCAGAAGAUGAAGCAGAUUCCCAGAAUUUUCUAGAAUCCAUUCUUCGCACGUGUUCAGAGUAUGGUGACACACUAGAGGGGUCUAUGGAACAACUGAAGAAAGGGCUGGAAAGUGGGACAGUACUCAUUCAAUUUGAGCAACUUUAUAGAAAGAAGCCAGGGCUGGCUGUUACGUGUGCAAAAAUACCUCAAAAUAUGGACAAAAAUCGAUACAAAGAUGUUCUACCUUAUGAUGCCACACGGAUAAUAUUGCAGGGAAACGAAGAUUACAUUAAUGCAAAUUAUGUGAAUAUGGAAAUUCCUUCUGCUGGCAUUGUGAACAGAUAUAUCGCCACUCAAGGUCCUCUUCCACAUACCUGCGCACAUUUCUGGCAGGUAGUCUGGGAUCAUAGGUUAUCGCUGAUCAUCAUGUUGACAACCCUCACCGAACGAGGACGGACCAAAUGUCAUCAGUAUUGGCCUGAUCCACCAGAUAUAAUGGAGUAUGGCAACUUUCGUGUCAAAUGUCAAUCUGAAGAUUGUACUAUUGCCUAUGUUUUUAGAGAAAUGGUGAUUACAAAUAUUGAGACAGAGGAAGAGCACACCAUCACCCAUCUCCAGUAUGUUGCUUGGCCUGAUCAUGGUGUUCCUGAUGACUCCAGGGACUUUUUGGAGUUUGUCACCUGUAUGAGGCCAAAGAGAGUGGAGAAUGAACCGGUCCUUGUUCAUUGCAGUGCUGGAAUAGGCCGCACUGGUGUAUUGGUCACUAUGGAAACAGCCAUGUGCUUAAUUGAAAGAAACCAACCUGUUUAUCCACUGGAUAUUGUACGAAAAAUGCGAGACCAGCGAGCUAUGAUGGUGCAAACAUCAAGUCAGUACAAGUUCGUGUGUGAAGCUAUUCUUCGUGUUUACAAAGAAGGAUUAGUUCGACCACUGGAUUCCAGUUAGUAGAGCUGUGAAAGGAUUAAUUUCAUCUUCUAAAAACACCGGUUGUCAUAAAGCCAGGAUCUCAUUUCUGUAGGUGACUAGAGAAUUCAUCAAAAGCCCAUGGGAAGUCAGAUGAGCACAUUUGAGCAGUGGCACUUUAAAUUUCCGUAGACAAUUACUAAGUCAUGUACAGUAUAUAGAAGACAUGUAUAUAUGUAUAUGUGAGCAGUUGUGUAUAAUAUGCAUUAUAUACAUACUGAAAAGAAAUAAUCAAGGAAACUUUAGUACGUAACCUGCAUCUUUUACUGCUGUAAAAACAAGUUUUCCUCUAGAAUUUACUUUAACCCUGGUGUUUACCAUUCUAAAAUACAAAAGGAAAACCAGCAGUAUUAAUAAAAAAGUGCCCCAGUUAAUGAGGUAUUGAGUGUCUUCAUCUCCUACUGAAGUCCAUGGGAGUUAAAUGCUAAACACCUUGCAAGAUUGGGACCAAAAUAUUGAUAUACAAAGUAGAGUUGGUCAUAUUAUUUGGUUCCUGGAGGUUUAUCAAACAUUUUACAUAAAUAGAAUGCCAAGGGCUAAACCCUAAACAUGUCCAUUAAGAGCCGGAGUAAUUAAAGAAUUAACUCCCAUCAACCUGAUUGCAAAUAUGCUGGUUAUACUAAUAAACUUUUGAUAAAUCAAAUAUAGCAUACCUGACACCCAAACUAAUGCUGCUUUGCAGGUUUUAUUGAGAUCUUCCACAGCUUGAAUUUUCCAUUUUCUUGACCUUUCAAUAGUUUACCUAUUUCCUGUAGCCUCUUCCGCUCUACUCCUUUGCACCCUAAAUAUGGUACUUACUUAAUUUCACUAUGUUUUCUUGUGGUUUUUCUCUUUAUAGACUGAAAACAUUUAAACUAAAACUUAGUCUGAUUUAUCUUUGUUUCCCAGUGUAUUUAUUAGUUCUCACAUGCAAGAGUGGACUAAUAUUGCACCCCAACUGCUAAAUGGCUUACUAUACAUGCAAACUGGCCCGAUCCAGUGUCGGAAAAAAUGUACUACUGAACCUAUUAAACAUGUUGCUGCUAACUCAAGGUGUAAAACUUGCAAGGACACAGAGGCUACUAGUGUUCAGAUGAUAAAACAUUGGCUUCAUUGCCAUUCAAUAGAAAUCUUAUUCUAAUUCAGUGGAAUGCAGUAGUGUGAGGUGCCUCUUUCAUGCUUCUUUCCUUUGUAUAAAUGAAAUUAAGUUCAUAUGAAGACUUCUACGUAAAGAGAGAGAAUUUGUGCAUUGCUAAAUAAUUCACCCUAAGGUACAAUGGUCUCAGUUUCAUUUCAAAGGGGAGAAUUGGACUUUCUGAACAAUAUAACCACAAUUGUAUGACAUUAAUUUAUUCUGAAUACGCUUUUUGAUUGUCCUAGAUAAUUCUGCAUUUGUGAAUAGUAUGUUAAUUUUUUUUUAAAUGUUCUAUGAGAUUGUAUAUAAUUCUGUUAUUUAAACAUUCGUUCUAAAUAAGGAAAGUUGUCUAAAAUUUAUAUUGGCAUAUAAGCCAGAUGUUUAUAUGUGUGUAAAAAAAAAAUCUAAUUUUCUCCUAAUAUAUAUAUAUAUACACACAUGCAUUUUAGAACUAUAAUUUGUAUUAUGAGUGCUGUCAUUUGUAUUUGACAACAGAUUAUUUUAUAGAAACUACUACACCUGGAGAUGCUGCAAUCUUUAAUGACAUCCAAGAGACUUUUUUUCAGAAGAAGAUGGUUUGAAAGCAGGUGUAGUUCAUUCUAGAUCACUCACUCUUCUGGUGUGCAGAUUGGUCCCUUCUUGGAGAUUACAUCAUUAGUUGUAGUUGGUGGGGGAGAGUUUUUUGGUACUUUUCUUUAGUCAAGACGUUCAUGCUAGUCAGAACAAAUGGGGUUAUAUGGCAGCCUAACUAAUGUGUAUCAGUUGAAGAGUGAGUAGUUUUUCAUAUUCUUUCAAAUAUGCUAUUCAAGAUUUAGCUUGAAUUGGUGCUUGUCAUAUAUUGAACCACUAUUAUCUGGUGGAUUGGGCAUGGACUAGAAUUCAAGAGAGUGGUUCUAGCCCAGAUUCUGAUACUAUUUUGCUUUGACUGUGGCAAGUCAUUUAACCUCUCUGUGCCUCGGUUACCCCAUAUAUAAAAUGGGGCUGCUCGUGCUUAUUACCUUUAUAAAGCAUUUUGGAAAAAACACAUGAAAAAGUACUAUGUAUGUGCAAAUUAUCUGUUGCUGUUAUCCUUAUAAUAGAAAACUUUUAGGUGUUAAAAAUUGUUGCUGCUGCUAGACUGGAAAUUUGGCAACUGCAGAAGGCUCAAAGCACUAAAGGAGCCAUAUCUCCCAUCUGAUUCACUGUCAGGAGGUUUCCUUUUAUUAUGUCUUUAGUCCCCUUUGCAUCCAGUCAGCACUUUCAGAAGUAGCACUGCCUCCUCCCCCACUCCCACCCUGCAGGUCCUUGAGAAGAAGUGCUGCUUACAGUUCAUCUUACGGGCAAUUGAUAGUGUGACUGGAGCCAAAAAAGAAGUGGAGCAAAGAGUCUAAGAGAACAGCAUGAGAACACUUACAGACUCCCUUGUGGUAUACAUUUGAUUUCUUAAAAUAUUUUAUUAUUUUUAACCUACUUGUGUUCCAGGAAGUUAAUGUAUUUUUGCCACUAGUCAUGCUCCUCUUUAUUGUGUCAACCAUAUAAUGUACUUACCAAAAUGCAAUAAGUUUCUUCCAGUACAUAACUCCAGUAUCUUCCAGCAGUGCUGUACAGCUUUGCCUUAUACGUUAAUGUCCAUGUAAUGUUAAGAAUGUAAUCAGAUUUUGCUAUAUAAAGCUUUUCCUUUUUGGUCUGGAUAUCUCUAGAGAAAAGAAUGGAUUUUUAUUUUGAAUUUCUUCAAUUAAUACUUGGAUUCUCAGAGAACAUAUAAGGCACUGAUACCUGCUGUAGCAUUAACUUGAAAUAGCCAUUUAAAAAGACAAUUUGAUAAUAUCUGUAAUUAGUCUAUACUUUUUAAGAUCAAAAGAGCAAAUCUUAAUUUGAAAAUUGACCAGUCUACUACUAUUUCACAGUCUCGCUGGGUUUUGCACAUGUACAGUAAGCCUUUUUUUUUUU